AGAGAAAGGAAAAAGAAUCAACCAUGUCGACGGAACAAGAGCCUGAACUUACUGAUGAACAAAUUCUUAUCUUCGAGCAACAAAUAAAGGAUCAAGAAGCGCAAAAGAUUCCUCUUGUAUGUCAAGAGGAACCAAUUGCGCAACUAGUACAAGAAUUCAGUAACAAUCAACCAUUCUUGCGUAAAAUAAAUAACCUCAGCAAAAAAUAUGGACGUAUACGCCGCUGUCGUGGUGAUGGUAAUUGUUUCUUUAGAGCCUUUGCCUUUGCUUGGUUUGAGAGCAUAUUGUCUAAUAUAGAGAGAUAUGAGGCUGGACUCGCAAAGUUAAAGACAACUCCUGAUUUGCUGGAACUUGGUGGAUUCCAAAAGUUAGCUUAUGAGGACUUUUAUGAUGUAACCCUAGAGCAGUAUGAGCUGCUUCCUCAGCGUGUAUCAGACCCUGAUAUGCUUCUGGUCAACUUCCAGUCUGAAGAGAUCAGUAAUGCAAUUGUAAUGCACCUACGAUUUGUUGCAUCUGCAUAUCUGCGUAUCCAUUCAGCAGAAUAUGAACCAUUUUUAGUAACCGAAAUGAUUUCGAUUGACGAAUUUUGUGCAAUGCAUGUUGAAGCGUUUGGACGAGAAUCAGACCACUUGCAAAUUAUUGCUCUUACAAGAGCCUUGGAUAUUCCAGUGGAAGUAAUUUAUCUAGAUGGUGGUGCUGGAGACAACGCAGCAGUUCAUGAGUUUUGGCCUGACGAGACGAAAAAAGAUGAAAAUAAGCCUUUACGUUUGAUCUACAGACCAGGCCAUUAUGACAUCCUUUAUGAACGACCUUAAGGGUUAUAUUUUAUACCACUAUAUAUAUACAUGCAUACAUCAAUAAAAUUGACUAGUUGUUCAACAU